AUGAAGACCGUCAUUUUCGUCGCGGCUGCCAUCGCGGCUAGCGCCUCAUAUGUUUCCGCCGGUGUCGCCAUGAGCCCCACUUGGGGGUAUCGCGCUAAGGACAAGACCAUGGUGCACACCUCGACGUGGAAAACCAACUGGCCAGCAUGCGGUGGCACGCAUCAGUCUCCCAUUGACAUCGACACGACUCCCAGGUCUCGCAGAUCGAGGACGUUACCACUCGAGUUUCACGGACGCUGCCCCACGUACAACCUGACGGAUCCCCACGAACCGCUCGAGGUGGACGUUGCAGGAGGCGACUGUGGUGUUACGCUGCAAGGUGAGGAGUACAGCAUGAAGCAAUUCCACCUCCAUACUCCUUCGGAGCACACUAUCAACGGAGUCCAUCUGGACGGCGAGAUCCACUUCGUACACGCGACGAGUGACAGCGAGGCGCUGCUAGUGGUGGGAAUCUUCCUCAAGGUUGGCCCUGUUACGGACGAGUGGCUAAAGCCCGUUCUAGACGCGUUGGAGCUGGUCAACAGCACCACAACUAAGACCGAUGCCCUUGUCGUCGAUCUAAACUCCUACUUUGAAUUGGUGAGGAAGGCCGCGGUGAUAGGUGGUGUCUACAACUACGCUGGCAGUCUGACGACUCCUGGGUGUGAAGAAAAUGCUGACUGGUGGGUGGUGGAGAACCCGAUCAGGAUCUCCGCCAUUGACUUUGGCCGUCUUCACCAGGACCUGGUUGAGUACCACAUCACGGACGACGGCGACAACGCUCGCUCGGUGCAGCCUCUGAAUGACCGUGUAGUCACCCGCUACCGAUACAGAUCCUCGAAGAAACGCAACACUUCGGUCAACUUUUCGCCACUGUAA